AACUUGCUGUAUAUCUAUACAGUGUUAUCAAGCUCUCAACUUACAUCAGUAUCAGUGAAACAUACAAGAAAGAGAGUUUCAUUUUUUGUUCUUUGAAUUUUAAUAUUUGAUAUCAAACAAGACUCUAUCCAGCAGUGUAAAUGAUGCCAUAAUGUCCUGGAUAUAGAUGUGACAAUAGAAAUACAACAACAACAACAAAGAAGUCAGCUGUAUUAUUCCAAACAAGCAAAUAUGGGUAGAAAAGGGCAGCAUUUUUUACUACUACUAUGGAAGAACUUUCUUAUCCUGAAACGUAAACCAUUCAUAACAUUUCUUGAGAUUGGAAUUCCGACAUUCUUCACGUUAAUUCUUAUCUUCAUACGUAUGAGGGUAAAGGGAGAAAUGAAGGAGAAUAUAGGAUGGCCAGAAUGUGCAGAUUGGGAUACAAUUUCCACGAAGUCAGACUUGCCUCGAAAUCUUGCUUUUACACCGGAUAACAACGUUACAAGAAGAAUUUUGGAACGAGCAUCAGAUACCCUUAAUUUUAAAGGUAUAAAAGGAUUUGACUCUGAAGAAGAAAUGAAGAAUUUUCUAAUGUUUUCAAACUCUACAAACAAUAACACUUACAAAUUCCUGGCAGGGGUUGUAUUCACUAACCAUUUCCAUGACGAUUUGCUCCCAGAUAAAAUAGCAUACAAAUUAAGAUUUAGUUCAUCCCCUCGAAAUGCAGGCAAAGAAGAUAAUAAGCUGUUUCGAAAAGACACACGUUGGCAAACAGAAUUUACAUUUCCAAUAUUUCAGAGAGUCGGUCCAAGAGAACCUUAUGAUAUAUGUGGUGGUGAUCCAGGAUAUGUGAGAGAAGGUUUCCUAGCUGUACAACAUGCUGUAAAUUUUGCAGUGUUGAGGGAAGUGGGUGGGGUAAACCAGACUGAUAUUUUAGAUAGUGUCAAUGUUCAUCUGAAACGUCAUCCAUAUCCAGCAUUUAAUGAUGAUAAUUUUAUACUGGUUAUACAACAACAGUUUCCAAUUAUUCUUAUGUUGAGUUUUGUUAUUGUUUCUCUCGUUGUUGUGAAGGAAAUAGUACAUGAGAAGGAGAGAAAACUGAAGGAAUCAAUGAAGAUGAUGGGUGUAGAUAAUUGGUUACAUUGGGCAGCAUGGUUUGUCAAGAACUUCCUGUUUUUGCUGGUUACCGUGGCAAUUAUGACACUAUUUCUGUGUAUAGACACAAACAAGGGACCAGUGAUAGGGAAAACUGAUCCAUCCAUAUUGUUUAUAUUUAUAAUGAUCUAUGCGAUAUCAACUAUAGCUUUCUGUUUUGCUAACAGCGUAUUCUUUAAGAAAGCUAACUCUGGUGCUGCUGGCGGAGGUAUUUUUUUCUUUGUGACCUACAUUCCUUAUUUCUUCAUACAACCGAGAUAUGAAACUAUGACCUGGACUCAGAAGAUACUUACAUGUCUACUACCUAACACAGCUAUGGCAUACGGGGGUCAAAUCAUUGGGAUGUAUGAGGGAACAGGUUCUGGUGUACAGUGGUCUAAUAUAAUGGACAGUGUAAGCGUGGAUGAUGACUUUACCUUGUUUCAUGUUCUGAUCAUGCUCAUCAUAGAUAUAUUUCUAUGUGGUAUAAUCACAUGGUAUGUGGAAGCAGUGUUUCCCGGAGAAUUUGGUAUACCACAGAAAUGGUACUUUUUUGUAACUAGUGCAUACUGGUUUGGCACAGUACCAGAUGACUUUGUACCAGAAGACAAGAAUAUCUCCUUAGGUCAGGCACCAGAAUUUUUUGAAGCUGAUCCGGUUGGUAUCAGGGCUGGUAUUCAAAUUAGGAGUUUAAGAAAGGAGUUCAAAGCAAGAGACACAAAGAAGGUAGCAGUAUGUGGAAUGACUUUAGACAUGUAUGAGGGGCAGAUUACUGCAUUACUUGGUCAUAAUGGAGCAGGAAAAACAACAACCAUGUCCAUGCUUACAGGAUUUAUGCCCCCGUCAAGUGGAACAGCAAGGGUUAAUGGUUAUGAUAUACGUAAAGAUAUCCGCAGUGUAAGAAGUAGUUUAGGACUGUGUCCCCAACAUGAUGUCUUGUUUGAUACACUAACAGUAGAAGAACAUCUUAUAUUCUUUGGAAAAUUGAAAGGAUGUAGCUCAGCAACAAUUAAAGCAGAAAUAAAUAACAUGUUAGCAUCUGUAGAUCUAGAAAACAAAAGACAUAGUCAAGCUAAGACGCUGUCUGGCGGAAUGAAACGUAAACUCUCUGUUGGAAUAGCCCUCAUUGGAGGCUCAAAGGUUGUAAUUCUGGAUGAACCGUCUUCGGGUAUGGACCCUGAUGCUAGACGUCACAUUUGGUCCGUACUGCAGAAGAAUCGCGCGGGGCGUACGAUGCUGUUGACUACACACUUCAUGGAUGAGGCAGACCUUCUUGGUGACAGGAUAGCAAUUAUGGCAGACGGGGCAGUCAAAUGCUGCGGAACAUCUUUGUUCUUGAAGAACAAAUAUGGAGCUGGUUAUCAUUUGACGAUGGUGAAAGAUGAAAACUGUAACAUAGAUGGUGUUUCUUCGUUAAUAAAUACACACAUUCCGGAGGCGAAACUUGACAGUAAUGUAGGGGCAGAAUUGUCUUAUAUUUUACCUCAUGAGAUGUCACAUAAAUUUGCCACAUUGUUUACAGAGCUAGACAAUAAAAAGGAUGAUCUGGGUGUGACCAGCUACAAUGUCUCCACUACCACCAUGGAGGAGGUGUUCCUGAGAGUUGGAGAAACAAGUGUUGGCAUUAAGGAGGCAAAGCAAGGGAAACAAAGUGUCAGGAAAGGUAAAGGUAGAAUACCUUUAAAUUCUAAUGGAAAAAACACAGAUGAACAGACACCCCUGUUGAAAGGUGGAGCAGAGAACCAUACAAGUUAUUCUGGAGAGACACGUUACCAUAGAAGUGCCAGUUUUACACACAAUAUAGAUAAAAACACAAACCUUGUCCUCUAUCUUCAACAAUUCUAUGCAAUGUUCAUCAAGCGUGUUCUUCAUACAUUCAGAAAUCAGCGUGUUACAGUAUCACAGUUGAGCGUGCCUUUAUUCUUCACAAUAACUGCUUUGAUUGUAAUUAAAACUUUCCCUGGACCUCAGGACUCACCAGCUCUUAAUCUAACCAUUGAUUCUUUAGGAGAUAAUGUUGUUGUUUUCUCUAAAAUAGCCAAUGCAUCAAUAGAAAAUUCAUUCAUCAAGUUCUAUAAAGAACAGUUUAAGCAUGACUUACAAACUGAAACAAUUUAUGUUAACAAUCAGUCAGGAUUUAUGAAAGAUGCAAACAUUUCUGAUUACUUACUUAAAGUAGGUCAUGAUGACAUAGGAGCAUAUAACUUAAAGUAUCUUGUCGGAGCAAGCAUUGAGCCUCGGAGUAAUGCAGAAAAUGAACAAUUCCAUUUGACCUCAUACUUUAAUAAUCAGGGUUAUCAUACUCCAGCUAUAUCUAUCGCAAUGGUAGCUAACGCUCUUCUGCAGCUUGUGACCAACAGUUCGUCCAGUACUCUACAAGUCAUCAACCAUCCUUUACCUAGAUCUACCCAAGAUAAAAUUAACGAUGAAGCCAUGAAAGAUACUAUCGGAUUUACAAUUGCCUUCAACAUUGUGUUUGGAAUGGCAUUUCUAGCCAGCAGUUUUACGCUGUUUCUUAUCAAAGAACGUUCAACUAAAGCCAAACAUUUGCAGUUCAGUAGUGGCGUUAAUUCGUUUACAUUCUGGCCAGCAACAUUUUGUUGGGAUUUGAUAAACUAUCUUAUACCUGUUGUUUGUUUACUAAUCACCUUGCGGGCAUUUGAUAUAGAUGCGUUUGUAGCAGGGACAAAUCUAGCUCAUAUAGCACUGCUGUUUAUCCUGUAUGGAUUUGCGACGCUGCCAUUCAUGUACCUGUGGUCAUUUUUGUUUACUGUUCCAUCAACUGGAUAUGUCUGGAUCACAAUGUUCAAUGUUUUGUCAGGUGUAGCCACAAUUCUUGCUGUUGGUAUAUUGAGUAUACCACAACUUAACCUUGAAGAUUUAUCAAAGACCUUGGAAUGGGUGUUUCUGUUAAUCCUGCCAAACUACUGUCUAGGACAAGGCCUAUCUGACUAUUACAAGAACUAUGAGUUAAAAGAUAUUCAUGAAGAGUUCUGUGUUAAAAAAGGAUACGAUAAUUUAUGCACCUUUGUUCCAAACCCAUGUUGUAGAGAUAUAACAGGAGACUGUGGUACAGCAGAGUGCCUGGACUACAAUUCUAACCCUCUUGGCUGGGAGGCAAGUGGUAUAGGCAGAAUGUUAGUAUUCCUUUGUAUCCAGACAGUUGUCUAUUUCUUUAUCUUAUUUCUUGUGGAGUCAGAGGUGGCACAUUCAUUUCUACAACGUCUGACGAAAAAAUCACAAAAGCAUGAAGCCUACAAGAUGAUGUCAACAACAGACGAGUCGUUCAUUCAGGAAGACGAGGAUGUGGCCAGAGAACGGGCAAGACUGCUCAAUACAGACUGGCAGACCCUGUUUAAUACAGAAAAACUGGUUUUAUCGCAACUAACCAAAUACUAUGGCUCUAAUUUAGUGGUUAACAGGAUCAGCGUAGGUAUACCACAGGGUGAGUGCUUCGGUCUGCUAGGUGUAAAUGGAGCAGGGAAAACAACAACAUUUAAAAUGCUGACAGGUGAUGAGACAGUGUCAUCAGGAAAUGCAUAUCUUGAUGGACACAGUGUUAUAUCUCAGAUUGCAGAGGUGAGACAGAAGCUUGGAUAUUGUCCGCAGUUUGAUGCUCUUAUUGAUCAAAUGACGGGACGCGAGACAUUACAGAUGUACGCACGUCUACGUGGAAUACACAAACACCAGAUAAAAGAUGUUGUCAAUGAUUUACUAGAUGCCUUGUUACUUAUGGAACAUGCUGAUAAACUUGUCCAGGCUUACAGUGGGGGUAAUAAACGAAAAUUGAGCACAGCUAUAGCUCUUGUAGGUAAUCCACCAGUUAUAUUCCUAGACGAACCAACAACCGGAAUGGAUCCGGUUGCUAGACGAUUUCUUUGGGACACACUUUGCAGUAUACGUCAAUCUGGAAGAACUCUGAUCCUGACCUCACAUAGCAUGGAGGAGUGUGAAGCUUUAUGUACACGUCUAGCUGUGAUGGUGAAUGGACAGUUCCGGUGUCUUGGCAGCCCACAGCAUUUAAAGAGCCGGUUUGGCGAAGGAUACUUCCUCAUAGCUAGAGUAGGAGUAGCACCGAAUGAACAAAUACCGAACCCUCAACCUUUGAUGACCUUCAUUGAGCAGACGUUCCCAGGCUGUGUACUUAUUGACCUUCAUCAAGGUUAUAUCAAUUAUCACCUGACUGAUUCAAAUCUAAAAUUAGCAGAAAUAUUUGGCAUAAUGGAAAAUGCAAAAGGAGACUUUUUGAUAGAAGAUUAUUCUGUGAGUCAGACGACUCUAGAACAGGUGUUCUUAAAUUUUGCACGCGCUCAGACGCCUCCAAAUGAACCAGAUCCUGGAUGUUGUGGAGGGUUGUGUUUUACAUGUGGAGUGUUCAGUAGUUGUUGUAGAAGCAAGGACAGGUCAAUGCCGUUAGAUUAUGAUGAAAGUGUCAGCAUUAACUCUGGAAAUGGGCAACCAUCUUCUGGUGAUUUAGUAGUAACUGUAUGAUUCAUAUGUUAGUUAGGCCUGUUUACUAUAGCUAGGUCACUUUUAGUAUGACAUUUAUUUUUUGUUCAAAUUAUCAAUGUAUGAAUUAUGUUAGAUUUUUUUAUAACCAUUUUAUUUUAGUUAUGGACCAUAUUUAAAGAGAUGGACCAUAACAUGUUUUUUAAAUACUUUAUAUAAUCGCACAUACAUUUUAUUAUGUUCAUUUUAUACACAAUUUUUUUUGUAAAAAAUUCUAUGUUAAAUUAUGAAAGCUAUAAAUUCUUAUAUUAAAUUGUUUCUUAAACAAUAACUUUUAUUGCAUGUUAGUCAGAAUGUUAAAUAAAGUGAUUGCCAAGUUUUAUUAUAUUUUACAUGGAGGGUAUAUUUUCAUGAAUGUUUAAAGCAGCAUGCCUCCAGAAAAGUAAAUACAAAAUUUUAAAAUGCAUAUUUUUAUGCGAAAAAGUCGAAAAAAAUAAAUAAAUUUACACAAUCCAUUUAACAAUUUAUUUGCUGUUUGCAAACUAAUAUCUUAUCAUUGUAUUUUCACUAUUUUUCACUAACAGAGUUAAGGCUGAUUAAUUAAUAUAUAUAUAUAUAUUUUUUAUUUUCUUUGCCGUAUGCUAGCUUUUAAUCACACUAGCUCUAAGAAUUAAAAUCUGUAAAAUUUCAUAAAAAAUAGCAAUAAUCUGGAGUUGUGCUGCUUAAUAAAUGAAUGUGUUUUGUUAUAUAUAUAAAAUAGUCCUCUGUCAAGUGCAAUAUAGAUUUACAUAAGAUACAUACAUGUAUAUAUUUAAUAUCAUUGACUGUCUAGGGGUAUUCCAGGGGUCAAACUGUGCCUUGAAGCAUACACAUGAUUAUAUGUGUAGCAAAAUAAGUACAAUAACAUUUUCAGUACAAUAAAAUUUUCACCAAUCUUGAGACCAGGUUUUUGUCUGCCCUCUUAUAGUUGGUAGGUAGUUUGAUAAUGUUGUUUCUGUAUGUGCUAAUGUCACAAAUCAUGCUCACUCCAUAACUUUAUUAUUCCAUGAUAAAUAAAGAAAAAAAUAUUAUAGAAGCUAUGUUUUCUAUCAUAACAUGAUGUGUCAUGUCUAAGAUAAAGAUUUGUAACUUUAGGGUAAGGUCAAGGGUAUAGAAUUGGAAUAAUAUAUUUUUGUGAUAAGUCCCUAUUCUCUAUUUACUGGGGACAUAAAAAAAACUGGGUAUUUACUGGGGACAAAAAUAAUUGGCUAUUUACAAGGGACAAAAAUAACUGGGUAUUUACUGGGGACAAAAAUAAGAGGGUAUUUACUGUGGACAAAAAUAAGAGGGUAUUUACUGGGGACAAAAACAACUGGGUAUUUACUGGGGACAAAAAUAAAAGGGUAUUUACUGGGGACAAAAAUAACUGGGUAUUUACUGGGGACAAAAAUAAUUGGGUAUUUACUGGGGACAAAAAUAACUGGGUAUUUACUGGGGACAAAAAUAAGAGGGUAUUUACUGGGGACAAAAACAACUGGGUAUUUACUGGGGACAAAAAUGAAAGGGUAUUUACUGGGGACAAAAAUAACUGGGUAUUUACUGGAGACAAAAAUAAGAGGGUAUUUACUGGGGACAAAAAUAAGAGGGUAUUUACUGGGGACAAAAAUAACAGGGUAUUUACUGGGGACAAAAAUAACUGGUUAUAUUUUUGUCCCAGUGUUUAUGUACAAAAUUCAUAAUAGAGAAUUGUAUGUUAGACAAAAAUCAUGCAAUGGGUAUUUAUAAACAAGACACAUCAUAUUUGUAUGAAUAUAAUGUGUAUUUUACUAAAAUCUUUUACUAGUUAACAGGUAUGAAAAUGAAUUCUAGACAAGUAAUAAGAUGUAUUAGUUAUUAUCGAUAUAUCUUCAAUAUUUGUCAUCCAAUAUGGAUAUAUCAUUGAUAUGUUUUGCACUGAAUCAAUGAUAGUUCCAGUAUUUUCAUACUAAAAUCAUAAAUGUUUUCAACAUGAAGCAAGACAAGCCCAUUACAAAAAGCUCAGCAGGGUCAAUAUCAACAAUGUAACAGUAUUGUAAGUGACUAUAAUUAUAUAUUUCUUUAUUCAAUCUGUAUUUAUGACAGACAACUCCUACCAAUAAUCAACAAAACCCUGUUUCCCUUUUCAACUUUUGAGAUUGGAGUUAUUUCCCUCCUAACUUAUGAUUGUUGAAAAUUAUUUUCAAAGGAUAGAUGCUUCAUGCAUAUUACUGUUUUAUAUUGCUUAUGAAGUAAGACAAUACAUAUUUGAAAAUGUUGUAUGUAAUAUAUGAUCCAGAUUUUGUGUUUGUUAAUGUGCAAUGGUAUGAAAUAAUUUUAUUAAGAAAAAUUGUGUAAGACCUUUAUUUGUACAUUUUUAUAGAGAAUUGCCUGUUGCUAAGAUUGUAGUUAUGUUAUAUAUAUUUAAUAUUUUUACUUUUAUACAUUCCUGAACAAAUGUGAUGCACAGUUAGGUUUUACAUUUUAUUAUUAUUAAGAUUUAAAUUUUGUUAUGUUUAGCAUUUCAAAGAAAUUUAAAGUGUAUAAAGCUUUUUAUUAUAUGAUCUAAAUAUAGCUGCAAUCUCAUUGGUCCAAACAGUAGUCAACAGAACUUUUUAUAAAAUCAUAUUCACUGGCUUUAUUGGAUUUUGUCAAGUCUAAAAAAAGAUUGAGACUCAUAUUAAAUUAUCAUACACCGUAGACUGUUAAUUACCCGUGUUAAUUAAAAAAAAUUGUUGCUUUUUGUUCUUUAUGGCAUAUUUCUCGAUUAAAAUAUCAUUAUUUCGCUAUUGUACUUAAAGGCUACACCGCAAUUAUGAGUAUAAACUUAAAUUAUUUUUGUAUGCGCAGCGUUCGCGUAGUCGUUGCACGCCUAACAUGUGCAUCUUUUUUCUCGCGCUUCAAAGAGGCAAAAUUUUUACAUGUAUAUAAGGUUGUACUUUUUGUGAUUUUUUUUUUUUUUUUUAAUUUCUUAGCCUAUUCAUAUUAUAAAACAAUUAUUGACUAGUGAGCCAUUGAAUAUGAUGUGUUAUUCACCGGCAGAAAGUCAUAUUGACCUCAGCUAUCGCCUCGGUCAAUAUGUCAUCUGCCGGAUCACAUCAUAUUCAGUGGCUCACUAGUCAAUAAUUGUAUAAUAUCUGAUGAAAUAUUUUAUGAAAUAUUGUAAACAAUAAAUUUUGUUUUCAUAACCUUACAGUCAUUUCAUGAAGGAUUUUAACAUUGAAUGUCUUUGUACUUUAAUAUUGUACAUUUACAGAAUAAAAUAUUUGCUGCUAUGUUUAGUUACAUGUGGUGAUGAAUUCAUUCAUUCCCCACUUGCUUUCAAUAACUGACAAAUUUCUUCCAUUCUGGGUAUUCUAUAAUCAUUGUUAACACAAUAUAAACAAUAACUUAACAAUCAACAGACAGCAAAAUAAAUAAAUAGAGGAUAUUUGUUUAGUUCAGUGUAAGUUUGGAAUAUAUGUCACCAAGUGAGCACCAAAAGGUAUAUUUCACAAGUUAAGCAGCCUUGAGUGAAACAUUAACUUUUGGUGUUCACGAGGUGAAAUAUAUUUCGAUCUUACACUAAACUAAAAAAAUGAUCUUUUUAUUAUAUGCAAAGAAAUGUUUAAAGACAUUUUAACCUACUACUAAAUGAAAAGCACAUCAAAUAAUAACACAAUGUUAUGUCAUUUAUGACGCUACGUUAUUAAGUUGGUUUCAAGUACUGUGCACGCUGGUAUUUCACAGAAACAACGUAAGGGGCUUAAAUUUGAAACAGUUAAAUUAUCAAUUGAUAAUUUCACUGUUUCAAACAGUGAAAAUAUCAGUUUUAUAUUUCACUGAUAUAUUUCUACAAACCACCGAAAAGCAUGUAAUAAAUAGCUUUAUACACUAAUCUUAAACCUACUGGAGCAGAAAUUGAUUAGCCUUAGUAUAGAGCCAGGUCAGCAGGUUAGGGGUGAACAGGUUAGUAGACUCACAUUUGUAAUCUUAAUUUUGGGUUACCUGGAGAAAAUUAAUUUUGAAUUAAGAUAGAAUAAUGCCGCUGUUUAAGAACAUGACAAGUAUGUACAUGUACUUCCAUGUGAUCUGACCUUACUGAAAGUGUUCACUACUGUAAUUCAAUUAUAUCAUAAUAUAUUUUUACCUGCUAUUUGAAAGUUAUAGGCGGAUUUUAUUUAAUUAUAAUUUCCAUUAACAAGAUACAUAAAUUUUAUAUAAAACUUUUUAAAAUACAAUUUUGCUUUUGUAGUUUUCACAUUGUGAUAGUCAGAUUUCUCUUAUUUAUUAAUAUUAUUUUUGUUUACUUUUGAUUUUUCUUGAAAGUGUUACCAUAGUAACACAUUAGUAUCAUACUAGGUAUGCUUCUUUUGUUUUAUGUUAUUAUUGAUAUAUAUUUUUGUCAAGUUGUAUAUUUUGUUUUCUACAUGUAGUAGAUAACGUCUUUAAUUCAGUUAUUGCAAACCAUGCUUAAUAUUAGUAAAUUUUCAAUGUGAUAAAAUGUAUUUCCCUUAAAAUUUCUUAAGUGAAUUUACUUAAUAAUAUUAUUGUUAUGUCUUGAUUGUUGAAAUGACAUUAUGCUCAUUUUGUUUCUUUUUGCUGUCAAAGGUGAAUUAGCUAUAUAAUUUAAAGGAUUGACUUUAAUAAAAUGGCAAAUGACCCAAUUUUUUGGAUAAAAUAUUAAAACUGCUUGAACUAUAAAAAAAGACUGCCUGACUCUUUUUAUCAAUUGAAAUUUACCCUUACAUUCUCAAGGAUAUUUAAAGAAAUCUCUGUUUGUUAUCGAUUAGUCAUGCGAAGAAGAGUAUAAAAUUGAAAAUAAUUACGGCAAAAUGUAGUUAUUUUGACUUAUUUGUAACCUCAACAUUUACACUUGGAUGGACAUAAUGUCAUUUUAAUAUUUUGACUAGGAAUCAGGUGUAUUGACUAAAAUAGCAAAUCAAACAAACUAUGUUUGAAAUUUUAUUUUUGUAUGAGAAAAAUUGUAAAUCAUUAUUGUUGAAAAUUUUGUAAAGAUAUUUGAAAUAAAAUUUAUUUAAAAACUGAA